CUGGCUGCAGUCGCUCCAUCCACUCACACUGCAGCGUCUCGGCUCGGUUCUCCUGGAUCAUGAUGCAGAGCUGCAGGACCAGCUGAGGCGCCGACUCCAGGAAGGUCUCCAGCAGCCGCAGCAUGUUGACGUCGGCGUACUCGAACAUCAUGGCCCAGUACCAGCGCCGCUGGUGCUCCUUCUGCCGGCGGGACAUGAUGCCCAGGGUUUUCUGACUGAUUAGGAGAAGAACCACUUAAGCGAUGAUGGCUUUCCUGCUCCUUUCGGGGGCAGAUUUGUCAAGAAUUAGGAGCAAAGCUGAGCGUGAAGCAAGCUCGCUGUGAAUCGAAGGACAUUUCAUGGUUUGGUGCCAAGGUCGUUGUGCAGAGCAGCGCUGCAGCAGGCGGGACGCAAAGGGCCACGCAGUCUCAAAGGUCCUUCAGUGAACUUUGUCACUCCAGAUCCAGCCGAGCGCUCUGUGGUUUUCACUUCCAACCGCCGGCGACACACACAGAGGGGCGGUUCUUGUGACAAACUGUUUCUGGCAGAAAAGGACAGACUGUCUCUCCACGAUGCAGGAGUGGGAGUCUCCAGAUUAUGAGCCCUCGCUGCCCGUCUCAGAGAAGUCCAACCCUCUGACGAGAGACGUGGACCGGGCUUCAGCUGGUCGUAUCGUGAGGAUGCUGCAGGCCUGUGACGCCCAGAUGUUUAGAGAAGAAUCAGGAGGAUCCUAUCAGAGGCUUUUGAGUGAAGAAGUGGUGGAAACGUUGAUGGAAGUUGCUCAGAAGGUGGAGCUCUUUCUGAAGGAUCCUCAGGACAGCCUGGUUGUUCUGAGUGGUUGUGGGACUUCUGGUCGACUGGCUUUCCUCAUCACGUCGUGUUUCAACAGAGCGCUGAGGGAGCUGAACCACAGUUCACUUUAUUCUUACAUCAUCGCAGGAGGAGACAGAGCUCUGCUGUCCUCACAAGAAGCUCCUGAAGAUGACCCCAAACUGGGCAUGCUGAAUUUAAAAAAGGUCUGUGAGGGGAAGAAGCGGGUCUUAUUCAUCGGCAUUUCUUGUGGAUUAGCUGCUCCGUUUGUUGCAGGUCAGCUGGACUUCUGCCUGCAGCACCCCGAGGUGUUCACUCCUGUGCUGCUCGGCUUCAAUCCUGCACAUCAGGCCAGGGAUGAGGCCAUCUCCGGCUGCACGUUCACUUUUCGCAGUGUGGUGCAAAGGAUGCAGGAGCUCGCCAAAAGCCGAAAAGCCUUCCUCAUUAACCCAGCAGUCGGGCCAGAAGCCAUCAGCGGCUCGUCCAGGAUGAAAGGAGGCAGCGCCACCAAGAUCCUCCUGGAGGUCGUCCUGUCUGCCGCUCACGCUGCCGCCUUCACAAACACACCUGUCUCUCACACGGGCAUCCUGCAGCACAUGAGAGCGUACGAGCAAACUGUGGAUAUUACUUACGCUCAGACGGAGGGGAUCAGCGCUCUGUUGGAGGCGGCAGGAGAGAGUCUGCGGUGCGGUCGGCGUGUGUGUUAUCUGGGUUGGGGUUCCCUGGCGGUUCUCGGCCUCAUCGACGCCAGCGAGUGUGUUCCCACGUUUGGAGCAGACUUUGAAGAUAUUCGGGGCUUCAUCAGUGGAGGAUACAGAGAGUUGCACAACAACGAGGGUCCACUGGGUCCUGACUUCUGCAUUGCACAUGAGGAUUUUUUGCAUCUAAUUCUGCCGUCUCUCAACGACCAGGACACUGUUCUUCUUAUCUACACACACUCAGACGACGUCAGUGACGUGGCCAAGUUGGCGUGCAGAGUGAGAGAGAAGACGUCCAGUCUCCACGCUGUUUACCAUCAGGUUGAUGGAGACGCUGCAGCUGCUGCACAACAAGAGGACAUCAAUAAACUGUGUUUAUCCUCACUAAAAAUCACUUGGCCGUCACCUGCUUCAGCGAGCCUGCUGCACAUGCAGUGGGAGCUGUCCACCAAGCUGCUGCUGAACGCCGUGAGCAGCGGCGCUCACGUCUUAAAGGGGAAGAUUUACCACAACUACAUGAUCGACGUGCAGGUCACCAACAGCAAACUGUACUGCAGAGCCACACGCUUACUCCAGAAGCUGUCCGGUUGUCCCCUGUCCCAGUGUGAGGACGCUCUCCUAAAGGCCGUCUACCGAGUGGACGAGCUGACCGACGACAUCACAUCCUCUGACAUCACCACACACACACACACCGCCAGAAACAGCAGCAAGGUCGUCCCUCUGGCGCUGGUCUGUCUGCUGACUGGUUGCUCUCUCACGGAGGCGGAGACUCAUUUGGAGCAGCAGCCAAUCGUAAGAGAGGCUGUGGAGGCGUGCCUGUCAAUCAACUGACAUAUCAUGAUGUCAUCGUCAAGUCCCUGAACACACAUUUAAUCAAUCGUCUAUUUCCAGUCUGCAGAGAGGUGACAGGUCAGCUUUAAUAUAAGGUAUACCUGCUGUAAUUAUUACAGCUGAGUCAAAGGUUGUCUUUUAUUGCUUUGAUUAUGAGCUAAUAUCCCGCUGAGACAUUUCUGUCUUUACGAGGCGUCAGCGGCUCAUUUAAUGCUGCAAUCAUAAGAAACUAGACAGAAACCUGCAGAGAGACACUGCAGGUGAAUAGGGUCAUUUUUUAAACUUAGAGAUAUCAACAUGAAACUUCCCCAGUUUGUUAUAUAAAAGAAGGCAAUAUUU